UUGAAUUUGUCAGCACUUGCGCAGCUGUCAAAACCAUCUGUUCGCAAUUUGUAAAUUGGCGCUUAUAACGUACAAUUGCUUGCUUGUGAAAGUUCGUGGAGAAACAAAACUUUUGUUCAUAUUACUAAAAAGUAUUUAGUUUCCCUCGUUUUUUACAACAUUAAUGGUUAACAGUUGAAAAGUAUUCAAAAAGUGACAUUGACCCGGACACUCAAACUAACCUCAACGAGCCGGCGAUUCGGCACCACGCAUAUGUAAAAUAUUUAACAAUUUUAAAAUUAUUUGGAUAACGACAUGUCGUUAAUAGUGGAAUGCAAAAAGCUGUGCUUACGCCGCUGCAUGCUUGCGCUGUCAUACAGCAUAGCCAUGCAAUAUUUGCUACUUGGCUUCUUCCUUUUCUUCGUCAACUUCCAUGUCCUGCAUCCUUUGAAUUGGAUAAGCGGUACAAUAAGCGUGCUGUUUUCGUUCUAUACGUGGUUUAGCAUUUUACCGCUGAUUGGUUCCGUCGUCUUAUAUACCAUAUUGUUGGGGAAAUCAUUUCUCGCUGUGAAACGCUACUAUCCAACACGCUUCCAAUGGUUUAUCUACACAGCGCCACGAAAAGCACUGUUCUUUACUCUACAUUUACUGGUUGGUUACUUAACCGCUUGGCUUUAUACGAGUUUUUUGCACGUGGAUUACCGUAAUAUUGUUUGCGAAUGCUUUGGAACAAAGUGCAUAAAUAGUCGUUAUUUAUUCUUAAUUUGUGUGGGAUUUUUCGCUGCUUGCUUGCAUUUCACCAGAGAGAAUUUACAUACUGAUCCCGAAUUGGAAUUCCCCAUCAUUCAGGAGCUAAUGCUAAUUCGAAUUCGUUCUCUUAUUUACCGCACAUUAUACAAUUCAUUAUUGAAAUCCUUCACGCCUACAAUAUGUUUUGCACUAGCUUACUGGCUAAUUGGCGGCAUAAUAAAUCGUUAUUUUGCUGUAGUUUUCGCGCUGGAUGUCGAUGAAACCGCAUUAUCAUUUAUUUCUAUUGCUGUAAAUCUGCGGCUUUUGUUCUAUGGCUGGAUCCUAGCGGCGCAAAUUUUAAGUAAUAUGCAUCUGAUGCAUUGUUUCUUUGCCAUACAUCUUUCGGAGGAAGUUGCUUUUAUUAUUGAACGCAAGCCAGUGUUGUGUGGCACUGGUAUAGAAGAAAUAACUUUAGUGGAUGCGCUUAACUCGUCAUUUGUGCCAGUGGUUCAGAAUUUAGGCGCCCGCGAUCUGUAUAAUUUGUCAAGCAACAAAAUGGAUGCUAGGCGCAAAGAAAUUUUUGCGCUCUCAGUACCAGGUGCGCAUCCAUACAAUUGGAAUCAGCUUUCUUCGCAGUGCUUAAGCCUUAUUAACGCCUUUACUGAUGAAUUAGCCGCAUCUCUGAAAAAGAUUUCAGUUGUUAAAACAGCGCCACUUUUUUCUACCAUAAAGCCUACCACCGCUACCGAAGCUGCUGAAAAAAUUUUGCUACGCCAAUAUAACGAAACCUACGGCAUUAGACGCAUGAUGACCGAAACUAGUCAAGAAAAUACCGAGACGGUAAAGAAGAUGUCACCAGCUUGCAAGCGCAUACAUGAUCAGGUUGAAAAAAUAAAGAAACAAAUUGAACAGACCUUGCGUGCUGCCUUCCGUACGAUUCCCGGUCUGUAUUACAUGUUUGGCGAACCAGAAGGCGCUAAAACCGCGUACUUACUCUCAAACUCGGAAACAAUUUUGUGGAUAGUGCAAGGUUUAGCCAGUGUGUGUACAGCUUCGCUGACGGAAGACAAAUAUGGUGUGGUACAAGUUACGCUACCACAAGUAAUCAAGUCGUUGCUGACACUCAAAACUGAAUUGGAUAAAUUGAACAAUGUGAAUUUGAAUGGCAAAAAAAUGGAUCGCAAUUUCAUCGCACUAAAAAAUGGCGUCAAACGCAGCUUGUACAAUAUCUGCACAGUUUUCAGCGACUAUUUGCGUGAAAUCGUCGAUAACCCGGAAGAUUUGCGGAAGCUGCAGUGCUAUGUGCACUACGUGGAAACGUGAACAAGAACUUGUAACUUAUGCUAAAUUAUUCAAUGAGUUGACUGUUUGUAAAUUAAGUUUGGUUAAACACUUAGAAUGUAAUGUAAUAUAUAAAUAUGUACGUUUUUUCUAACUCAAUUAAAUUUUAAGUCAAUACAAAUUCUGUGCGAAAUAAAGUUAAGUUUUUCUAUGCAUUGAGAAGUAAAAUUA